AUGUUCACAUUCCGUCGUCGAACAUUAUCACGCCUCAUCUUUAUCACAUUCUUCGGGCUCUUCCUUCGUUGGCUACUCUCUCCUCCACCAACACACUCAAAAUCACAGUCGCAUCAAAUCGUAGAGCACAACUUCAUCGAGCGUGCGACACGACCAGACAAAUCCUUGAAUGUCCAGCGCCAUCCCUUUCUGCAGUCUCGCAUGGGUCGUGACGAGCGCGAUGACAUGUUCUCGGCUCUUGUCCAGGACGGCGCCAGAGAUUACUGGGAGCGUUUUCAACUACCUUACAUCAUAAAUAAGGAUACCGCCUCCACAGACGCUCAGCACGUCCUCAGCGCCAUUGACCAACUCCUAUCACUCAACGGCUGGGUGGCCGCCCUCUGUCCAACACUCACACGUCCCUUUGGCCAGAACAAACGCGAAGGUGCCUACGACGACCUCAUUCGCGAAAACCAUCUCUAUUACAUCGCCAUCGUCAUACACUCGGCCGAUCACUUCCUCGUCGACCAGCUCGCCGUUAUCGUGCAAAUGGCAAAAAGACUCGGAACCGACAACCUCUUCGUCUCCAUGCUCGACUACGACUCCAACGAUUCAACGGAAACCCUCACAGACCUGUGCGAAGCCGUGCUCACCCUCCUCGGCGUACCCUUCAGGAUUAGACGAGUGCCAGGAAUGACACGAGACCCCUCUGCCGCAUAUUACCCACUUGAGGAAGCACAUAUGAGAAACCUCGCUUUGGAGCCAUUGCAGGAACUGCAACUAAAGAGAAAUAUCAAAUUCGCUCGCGUCAUCUGGCUGAAAGGCUUCACCUGCCCCAACGAUAUCCUCGAAACUAUCAAGAUCAGUUUUGCGAACGAGGCUGCAAUGGUUUGCGGGAUGGACUGGGCAGAACAUAACGGGUUCUUCAUCUUCUCAGACCGUUGGCGAACACGCGAUAUCGAAGGUGACCAAUUCCGACAAUCAAAAUCAUCCUCCAAGCCAGACGCCGUACCUCCCCGCGACAAGCAAGGCGCCAUCCGCUACGGACAGCACCUCCCAUUCCAAGUAUUCUGCUGCGAAUCCGGAACGCACGUCGUCGACCCGUCACAGUCGUAUUACAAAGGCGUCAGCUACCGCUCAGGGACGGAUUACCAGAACCUCUCAAGGUCAGAGAAUGUAGGCAAUCGGGAUCCAGACGCACCGUGCUUGGACAGCAGCCAGGCUUGGUUCUGCAGGGAUCUAUGGGUUCGCAGCGCGAGAGACGCAAUGAACGAAGUUGAUUUAGCCAAUGGAGCAGCGCCCAUGAGGAAGAGGGACGUCCACGUCAUUGAGGUGGCAGCGAGGGACCCGAUGAUGGACGGCGCUCUCAAAGCUAGGAGGGACGCAGAAGCAGCGGUCCCAUUCAAACCUCGAGACGCAGUGAAAGUGCAGGUUGGGUCUGGAGAGGAGGAGGUGAACGAUGACGCUACCGAUCGGCGGAAGAAGGGCAAGGCAGACGAAGACGCAAACGCUGGGUCGGAUUACGAUGCCAUGUCGGUUGAGGACGGCGGAGAGAUCGUGCCUCCGCCAGAGGUGGGCCGGCUUUCGAUACCCAAUUCAGUUUUUAGACCUGCACGAAUUCUUGUUAACCCUCGGUGCCCGACGACGUAUGCUGGAGUCAGUCAUACACAGUUGGCGAGGGACUUGUUCGGAGAGGGGGAUGACGAUGUGCGGAGCAUUGCUGGGAAGUACGUGCUAGAAGAUUGGGAGGGAGCCCCAGAGAGUUUUGUCUGUCAAGAGCAGAGACAAACGGGUGGUAGAAAAGCCACAAAAACACAAAGGAGACUUGGGUUCUCGAUUCAUGAUGAGUUACAGCGGCUACCUGUGUAA